AUGCGCUUCUCCCAGAUCCUACCCUGGCUGGCCGCGGCCGUGGGCCCCGUCGUCGCCGCCGAUGGCGAUCCCUGGAGCCUCUUCACCGACAAGGUCGUCUUCGACGGCCGCGCGCAGAACCUCUCGGCCAGCUACCCGCGCCUGGCCGAGCUCGAGGACGGCACGCUGCUCGCCACCACGGGCCUCUUUGGCGCCACGCCGGCCUUCUUCCCCGUCUUCGAGAGCACCGACGGCGGCAUCCACUGGGCCUGGGUCUCCAACAUCACCGACCAGGUCAACGGUUGGGGCAUGAGCGCCCAGCCCGCCAUCAUCGAGCUGACCGAGCCCCUGGGCGGCUUCCCCGCCGGCACCGUGCUCGCCUCGGGCAACAGCUGGCACCCCGACUCGUCCAACUCGUCCACCGGCGGCACCAAGAUCGACCUGUACGCCUCGACCGACAAGGCCCGCACCUGGCAGUUUGUCAGCCACAUCGCCCAGGGCGGCGCCCCCAACACCACCAACGGCGCCACCCCCAUCUGGGAGCCGUUCCUGAUGGUCUACGGCCGCUCCCUCGCCGCCUACUACUCGGACCAGCGCGACCCGCUGCACGGCCAGAAGCUCGCCCACCAGGUCUCGACCGACCUGCGCACGUGGGGGUCCGUGGUCAACGACGUCGCCUACGACCUGUACAUGCAGCGGCCCGGCAUGACCGUCGUCGCCCACAUCCCGCCAAUCGACAAAUACAUCCUCGUGUACGAGAACCCGGCCGGCAACUCGUCGUCGCACGGCUCGCACUACCCCGUCUACUACCGGCUGUCCGACUCGCCGCUAACCUUUGACGCGGCCGAGGGCGUUGGCAUCGAGAUCGGCGGCGCCUUCGCGCCUAACGCCGCCCCCUACGUCGUGUGGUCGCCCGCCGGCGGCCCGAACGGCACCGUCGUCGUCUCCGACGCCGACUACAGCACCGUCUACACCAACACGGCCGGUGGCGACCCUGCUGCGUGGCAGCGCCGCGCCGUACCCCAGCCGUCCGCCUACAGCCGCGCCCUGCUGGUGUUUAAGGAGCACCCCGACCACCUGAUGCUUUUGUCGGGCGGGACUUUCGACGGCCCCGAGCCCAAGAUCUUGACCGCGUCUGUUGUCAGUCUGACUGCUGUGCUCGGAGGUGACUGUCUAAGCUCGGCCAAGAACACCAGGCGCGAGCUGUGCGACCCCGAGGGCUAG